AUGAAUAUGCCACCGGUUCAUAUGUGUGUAUUUUUAAGUCAUGAACAUAAACAACUCAAAGCAAAAAUAGUUCAACUUAAAAAUCAUAUUAAUUUUCUUGAAAAAACUAUUGCAGAGAAAAAUCUCGAUCAUACUCGUUCAUGUUCAAUUUCAUGUCAAACUGAUAUUACUAUUCAACGUCGUCCAUAUCCAUCAGAACCUCAAAAACCACCAGCAUCUUUGCACGAAGAAGCUCGUUUACAUCGUCUUGUCAAUGCUCAAAAUGAAUUAUUAAGCAAAUAUGAGAAUGAAUCUAUUCGUCAUCGACAAGAACAACAAUUUCAAACAUCACCUCCAUCGGCACUCGUUGAAGAUUAUGAACGUCGUUUAAUUCGAUGUCAAAAAGAAAAAGAACAAGCUGAAAGACGAGCUGCUGUUGCUCAAAAACAUAUGAUUAAAUUAGAACGACGAUAUGAAGAUAUGCGUAAAAAAUUGAGUGUACUUGAUGGUGGCUUUUUUGAAGAAGUUAACGAUCUAAAAUUUGCUCUUCAACAAGCAACAAAUCUAAAUCAAGAAUAUGAAAAGACAAUACAAAUGUUAAGUGCUCAACUUGGUAUUACUUAUCCCGUAACGAAUACAUAG